AUGGGUGCCCAGGGGAACUGGUGGGCGUUCUGGGCUGGAGUCAGCCUCUUGCUGGUCCCCGUGCCCACCACAGAGGCAUCCUGCGGCGGGGCCACCUGUGGCCCCCAGCAGCGCUGUCAGGUGGAGGCUGGGAAACCAGUGUGCUUGGCAGCCUCGACAGCCACGUGCUGGGCCCAGGGGGACCCACACUACACCACCUUUGAUGGGCGUCGCUAUGAUUUCAUGGGCACGUGCUCCUAUACCAUAUCCGAGUACUGCGGCUUUGAUGACACCCUGCCUGCCUUCAGCGUGGAGGCCAAGAAUGAGCAUCGCAACAGCAAGAAGGUGUCCUAUGUGGGCUCCGUCACCGUCAGUGCCUACAGCCAGGUCGUCACUUUGGCUCGAGGGGAGCACGGCUUUGUCCGGAUCAAUAACCAGAAGUCUCGGCUGCCAGUGUCCCUGCAUGAUGGACGGCUGAAGGUGUUCCAGAGUGGGAAUCAGGGAGUGAUAGAGAUGGACUUUGGGCUUCGAGUCACCUACAACUGGGAUAGCCAGCUUGGUGUGACCCUGCCGUCCCGCUUCCAAAAUGAGGUCUGUGGUCUCUGCGGGAACUACAACGGGGACCCCUCGGAUGACUUCCUCACCCCAGACGAGACUCAGGCCGCCAACGCUGUGGAGUUUGGCCAGAGCUGGAAGCUUGAUGACGGUGACCAGUUCUGCUCCAAUGACUGUCUGGGGGGCUGUCCUUCCUGCACCCCUGGCCAGACCCAGCACUAUGAAGGUGGCAGGGUCUGUGGCAUGCUGAGCCUGGCAGGAGGCCCCUUUGCCCACUGUCACGACAUCCUGGACCCCCAGGCCUUCGUGAAAGACUGUGUUUAUGACCUGUGUGCCACUAAUGGUGACCGGCCCAGCCUAUGCCGUGCCCUGAAUUCCUAUGCCACAGCCUGUAGGGAGCUGGGGGUCUCCAUUGGGGACUGGAGGACACCCGCUGGCUGCCCAAUGACCUGCCCCGCCAACAGCCUCUAUUCCCCCUGUGCCAGUGCCUGUCCUGCCUCCUGUUUCGAAUCUUCAGCCCCCUCGGACUGUGCUUCCCGGCCAUGUGUGGAGGGCUGUGUGUGCAAGAAGGGCUACGUCCUGAGCGGGGAUGCCUGCGUGCCCACCUCAGACUGCGGCUGCCAGUACCAGGGCCUCGUGCUGGCCCCCGGGGAGGAGAUCUGGGGAGACAAAGUGUGCAAGCAGCGCUGUGUGUGUGUGGGGAAGACCCAGCAGGUGCAAUGCAAAGACACAGGGGGCUGUCCUGCUGGGGAGUACUGCCGGGUCCAGAACGGGCUCCAGGGAUGUUACCCCAACCGCUUUGGGACGUGCCAGGCCUCUGGGGAUCCCCACUACAUCAGCUUUGAUGGGCAUCGCUUUGACUUCAUGGGCACCUGUGUCUACCUGCUGGUGGGGUCUUGUGGCCAGAACGCGGCCUUGCCUGCCUUCCGGGUCCUGGUGGAGAAUGAGCACCGGGGCAGCCAGGUGGUGUCCUACACCAGGGCUGUGCGUGUCCAAGUCCAUGGAGUGGAGAUUGCUGUCCGCAGGGAGCAUCCCGGCAAGAUUCUGGUGGAUGGGGCGUUGCGGUAUCUGCCCUACCAAGCGGCCGGGGGCCAAGUUCAGGUUUACCAGAGCGGGUAUGACGCCGUGAUCCGCACUGACUUUGGCCUGACGAUCACUUACGAUUGGAAUGCCCUGGUCAAAGCCAAAGUGCCAAUCAGCUAUGCCAAUGCCCUGUGUGGCCUCUGUGGGAACUUCAAUGAGGACCCUAAGGACGACUUCACCCUCCGGAAUGGGACCAUCACUGCCAGCGCCUUGGCCUUUGGGCAGAACUGGCAGGAGGAGGCUCUGCCAGGGUGUGGGGCUGUUACUCCGGGAGAAUGCCCACAGCUGGAUGCCCUGCUGGCCCAGCAGUUACAGAGCAAGAAAGAGUGCGGACUCCUGAAGGACCCAGCGGGACCCUUCCGGGACUGCCAGGCCAAGGUGGAUCCUGAGGGCUACUUCCGUGACUGUGUAUAUGACAGAUGCCUGCUGCCUGGCCAGCCCAGCGUGGGCUGCGACAACCUAGCCGCCUACGUAGCUGCCUGUCAUGCUGCUGGGGCCACCGUCCACUCCUGGAGGAGUGACCAAUUCUGCCCCCUGACCUGCCCCACACACAGCCACUAUGAGGAGUGCUCCCGGGGCUGCCCCGUGUCCUGUAACGACGUCUCCGUCCCUGGAGGCUGUGGCUCCGAGUGCCGAGAGGCUUGCGUGUGUGACGAUGGGUUCGCUCUCAGCGGGCAGCACUGCGUCCCCCUGGCCCAGUGCGGCUGUAUGUUUCAGGGUGCCUACUAUAGCCUGGGCGAGUCCUUCUACCCCGGCCCCGGCUGCGACUCCUUCUGCAAAUGCGGAGAGGGGGGCGUCGUCAGCUGCUCGCCCUCCGCCUGUGGGCCCCACGAAGCCUGCCAGCUGGUCAACGGCGCCCUGGGCUGCGUGGUCGUGGGCUCGGCCACCUGCUCGGCGGCCGGGGACCCCCACUACACCACCUUCGACGGGAGGAAGUUCGACUACAUGGGUACCUGUGUCUACACUCUGGUCCGCACCUGUGGCUCCCAGCCUGGCCUGCAGGACUUUGAGGUCCUGGUGGAGAACGUGGCCUGGGGCAACGGGGCGGUCAGUGUCACGCGGAUGGUGACGGUCCACGUGGCCGGGGCCACCUUGGUGCUCGAGCAAAACAAGUGGAAAGUCAAGGUAAAUGGCGUGGCCAUGAACUUCCCCGUGGUCCUGGAGGGCGGCCGAGCCUUCCAGCACGGGGCAGAGGCCGUGAUCGAAAGCGACUUCGGUCUGCGCGUGACCUACGACCUGGUCUACCACGUCCGGGUCACCGUCCCCGGCAAUUACCACAGCAAGCUCUGCGGCCUGUGUGGGAACUACAACGGGAAGCCCGAGGACGACUUCCAGAAACCCGACGGCCAGCUGGCCGGUAACGCCGCGGCCUUCGGAGACUCCUGGGAGGCGGCCGUUCCCGGCUCGCCCUGCGUCCCCGUCUGCAACCCCAGCUGCCCUGACGAGCCCCAGUGCAAGCCCGAGCAGGCCGAAGCCUAUGAGCAGGGCCACUACUGCGGCUUCAUCACCAGCGCCCAGGGGCCCCUGGCGGCCUGCCAUGCCCUGGUCAGCCCCGCUGGCUACUUCCAGGACUGCGUCUUUGACCUCUGCCUGGGCGGGGGCAGUCAGGACAUCCUAUGUAACAGCAUUCAUGCCUACGUGUCGGCCUGUCAAGCCGCUGGCGGCACCGUCCGGCCUUGGAGGGAUGACAAAUUCUGUCCCUUUAAGUGUCCCCCCAACAGUCACUACGAGCUGUGCGCAGACACGUGUUCCCUGGGCUGCGCGGCUCUGAGCGCACCCCCCAACUGCCCCGGCACGUGCUCAGAGGGCUGCCAGUGCGACGUGGGCUUCGUCUCGGAUGGCCAGACUUGCAUUCCUAUCCAGGACUGCGGCUGCUACGUGGAUGGCAGAUACUACGAGCCCAACCAGCCUGUGUUGCUCCACAACUGCACUCAGCAAUGCACAUGCCACCCCGGGCAAGGACUGCUGUGCAAGGACCACUCGUGUGGCGCUGGCCAGGUGUGCGAGCCCUCCGAAGGGCUCCUGAGCUGUGUGACCAAAGAUCCAUGCCAGGGAGUGACCUGCCUGGAAAAAGAGACAUGCCAAGUGCAAAAUGGCCAGGCUGUCUGUGUCCCUAACUACCAGGGCACUUGCUGGCUGUGGGGUGACCCCCACUACCACUCCUUUGAUGGCCGGGACUUUGACUUCCAGGGCACCUGCUCCUAUGUCCUGGCAGCCCUGUGUGGGGGUCCCUCCAGCCUCCCCGCCUUUACUGUCACCACCAAGAACGAGAACAGGGGCAGCCCUUCUGUCUCCUAUGUGCGGCUGGUCACCGUCUCUGUCCAUGGUACCAACAUCUCUAUCCACAAAGGCGAGAUUGGCCGAGUGCGGGUGAAUGGUGUGUUGACCACUCUGCCAGUGAGCACAGCUGGAGGGCGCCUCCUUGUGACCCAAGGCCCAGGCCAGGCGGUGCUGGAUACCAACUUUGGCCUUCGAGUCACUUACGACUGGAAUUGGAGAGUGGAGGUGACCCUGCCUAGCAGCUACCAUGGAGCCGUAUGUGGACUCUGUGGAAACUUCGACGGCAACCCUGCCAACGACAUGGCCUUUCCCAAUGGAACCCAGGCGUCCUCCAUCCCCAGCUGGGGCGGCAGCUGGCGGGUUCCCGAGUGGGACCCUUUCUGCUGGGAUGAGUGCCAUGGGAACUGCCCAACCUGCGAUGAGGACAAAAAGGAGCACUACGGGGGCCCCGAAUUCUGUGGGCCCUUGGCCCCCGCCACUGGAGGUCCCUUCUCUGCCUGCCAUGCCCACAUCAAACCUGACAACUUCUUUACUGGCUGUGUCCUGGAUGUCUGCCUUGGGGGAGGCUCUCAGGACAUCCUCUGCCAAGCCCUGGCCUCUUAUGCAGCCGCCUGCCAGGCCGCUGGCAUCACCAUUGGGGACUGGAGGACCCAAGCUAAAUGCCCAUACCCCUGUGGGGCAAACAGCCACUAUGAGCUGUGUGGUCCAGCUUGUCCACCCAGCUGCCCUGGUCCAAAUCCUGCUCCACCAUGCUCUGGAAACUGCUCGGAGGGGUGCCAGUGCGAUGAAGGCUUCAUCCUGAGUGGCAGUGUCUGUGUGGCCCGUGAGGGUGGCUGCGGGUGCUGGGCAAAUGGUACCUACCAUGAACCUGGCACUGAGUUCUGGGCUGAUGCCAGUUGCACAUCCCUAUGCCGUUGUGACCCUGGGCAAGGCCAACUGCUGUGCUCCCCAGCGAGCUGUGGGCCAGGCCUGGAAUGUGCCCUCCUGGACAAUGGCGUCCGUGGCUGCCGCCCCCUCAGCAGCGCCGUGUGCCAGGCUUCUGGUGAUCCCCAUUAUGUGAGCCUGGAUGGAAGGUUCUUUGACUUCCAGGGCUCUUGUGAAUAUCUCCUCAGUGGCACCUGUGCUGACCCCAAGCCUGGCAUGGAGGCCUUCUCUGUCACUGUGGCCAAUGCCCACCGUGGGAACCAAGCAGUGACAUACACCCGAGACGUCACGCUGCACAUCUAUGGCCACAGCCUGGCCCUCAGCAGCUCCUUCCCCCGCAAGCUGAAGGUGGAUGAUAAGCUGGUGGCCCUGCCUUUCCGGCUGGACACGCGCCUCCAGGCAUACCUCAGCGGCUCAGACGUAGUGCUGGAAACGGCCUUCGGCCUGACUCUGACCUUCGACGGCAAUAGCUUGGCCCGCCUGCGGGUCCCCUCUCCGUAUGCAGGCACUUUGUGCGGGCUCUGUGGGGACUAUGACGGGGAUCCUGCCAACGACCUCACGCCCAAGGGUGGCCAGCCAGGCAAUGACCCCGUGGCCUUUGGCCACAGCUGGAAAGUAGGAGGCAGUCCGGGCUGCGGCGUCUGUUCCCCCAGUGACUGCCCAGACACCUGUAGCGAAAAGGAUCAGGCUCAGUUCGGGGGCCCCGAGGCGUGUGGGGUGAUCUCAGCUGCUCCGGGACCGCUCGCCUCUUGCCAUGGCCUUGUGGAUCCCACUCCCUUCUUCAAGAACUGCUUGCUGGACGCCUGCCAGGCCCAGGGCCAUCCCAGCGGCCUCUGCCCAGCUCUGGCCGCAUAUGUGGCUGCCUGCCAAGCUGCUGGUGCCCAGCUGGACGAAUGGAGACGCCCAGACUUCUGCCCCUUUUCCUGCCCGGCCAACAGCCACUAUGAGCUCUGCGGGGACUCGUGCCCCCGGAGCUGCCCCGACCUCUCGGCUCCCCAAGGCUGUGUCUCCACGUGCCGCGAGGGCUGUGUGUGCGACGCGGGCUUCGUGCUCAGCGGGGACACCUGCGUCCCCGUGGGCCAGUGCGGCUGCCUCCACGACGGUCACUAUUACCCCCUGGGGGAGACCUUCUUCCCCGGGGCCGACUGUGAGCAUCGCUGCGAGUGCGGCCCCGGCGGAGUGGUCACCUGCCGCCAGGGCUCUCCCUGCGGGCCCUACGAGGAGUGCCGCCUGGAAGCUGGGGUCCAGGCCUGCCACCCCACGGGCUGUGGCCGCUGCCUCGUGUCCAGCAGCGUUCACUACGUGACCUUCGAUGGCAGAGUCUUUGACUUCCACGGCUCCUGCUCCUACGUGCUCAGCCGGGUGUGCCAGCCGCUGCCCGGCUAUGAGGACUUUGCCAUCGUCCUGGAGAAAGAUGCCAACGGAGACCUGGAGCGCCUGCUGGUGACCGUGGGCGACCAGACCGUGGGCCUGGGCCACGGCCUGAAGAUCACCGUGAAUGGGGAGCUGGUGGCCCUGCCUGUGACUGCUGGGUCUGUGAGGCUGACCCCAGAGGGCCGGAACGUGAUCCUGCAGACGACCCAGGGGCUGCGCAUCCUCUUUGACGGCGAUGCCCACGUGCUGCUGUCGGUGCCCAGUCCCUACCACAAUCACCUCUGCGGCCUCUGUGGCAACUAUAAUGGCAAUUGGAAUGAUGACUUCCACCUGCCGGACGGCACGGUGACCUCAAAUGUGGACACCUUCGGGGCAGCCUGGCGCGUGCCAGGCUACCCCGGGGACCGUCCCUGCGGGGAAGGGGAGGGGGCGGGUUGCUGCCCGGUGUGCUCCGCGGAGCAGACGGCCCCCUAUGAGAGUGCCGAGGCCUGUGGGCGGCUCCGAGACCCCCAGGGCCCCUUUGCUCCCUGCCAUGCAGUGCUGAGCCCCUCUGAGUAUUUCCGCCAGUGUGUAUAUGAUUUGUGUGCCAACCGAGGUAAUUCCAGCUCCUUGUGCCGCAGCCUGGGCACCUAUACAGCGGACUGCCAGGCUGCCGGGGUCACUCUGAAGCCUUGGAGGAACAGCCGCUUCUGUCCACUCAGCUGCCCAGCUCACAGCCACUAUUCAGUCUGCGUGCAUGGCUGUGAGGCCUCCUGCUCUGGGCUCUCUGGCCUCGGGUUCUGCACCACCCGCUGCUUUGAGGGCUGUGCUUGUGACCAAGGAUUCCUGCUGUCCCAAGGAGUCUGUGUUCCUAUCCAAAACUGUGGCUGCGUCCUCCAGGGAAGCUACCUCCCGGGCAACUCAUCCUUGGUGUCUUCGGACUGCUCUCAACGGUGCACCUGUGCCAUUGGGGGCAAACUGAACUGUGAGGCCAUGAGCUGCCCCGCAGACACUGUGUGCCAAGUCCAGGGAGGAUCCAGGGGCUGCAAGGGCCCAGUUGGCGUCUGCUCUCUCUCCACUAACCUCAACACCUUUGAUGGGCUGAAGACCCAAGCUGGCUCUUCUGGCAUCUUUGAGCUCUCAACCCUCUGCUCCAAGAACCCCACAAAUGAUUUCUGGUUCCGUGUGUUGGCCGACUUCCAGCUUUGCCUCAAUGGCUCCAAGCCUGUGAGCCAGGCCCAUAUCUUCUUCCAGGAUGGUCUGGUUACUCUGACAUCAACUAGUGGAGUUUGGGUGAAUGGACAACAGGUGACCCUCCCAACUAAGGUGCUUACAUCUGUGUCUGUGCACAAGUCUGCUGAUGGAUCCUUCCAAGUGCGUCAGGAUGGAGGAAUACAUGUACAGCUCAGCCCAACUGGGGAGCUGAGCAUAACAGUUGAUGAGGCCCAUGCUGGGAAGUUGUGUGGUGCCUGUGGAAACUUUGAUGGGGACCAGACCAAUGACAUGGACCCCUCAGGGAAGGCAGCCCUAGAUGGCUGGAGAGCUAAGGACUUCUCCCCAUGUUUUGCCUGAUUCAUGGACCUCCCUGCAUCAUUGUGAAGCACAUCAGCAUCCAUGGAGUAUCAAUACACGAUGGUUAUUGUGCCUGGAGACUGAGGGAAGAAGUUGGGACAACAGACCCCCUUCUCCCAGUUAGUCAAUAAGACCAUUUCUGAGAAAUGUUAAUAAAACUCUAAAUACGAUUUGGA